AUGAGUGACUUCGGCGACGGCGAUGAGGGCAUGCGAGACUUCGGCGAUGCUGAGUAUGUGGAGCUCCAUUGGAAGCUGGAUAAUCUGUGCUACACAUGCGCUAACUGCUGAAGGGGAUUUGAUGAUAACCUGAUCGAGGAGACCACCUACGAGGACUUUGGCGGAAACGGUUGGUCUAUACUCCAGAGAUGAACUGGCUGGCCAUCUGCGCAGGAGGUAGAAGUUGACACGAGAUAGGAGAUCUGGAUGUGGAUCCGAAUGAGGCUCCUCAAGACGCGCUGUUGAACAGCACCGACUACACGGAUCAAAACGUUGUCACAAGUGGUCAAGAGCCGGGCCUAAACACUGUCAAAGGAGUCAAGAGCAAGAAAAUCCCAAACGACAAGCGAACAUCGACUCCUUACAUGACAAAGUACGAGCGCGCGCGUGUCCUCGGUACACGAGCGCUCCAGAUCAGGUAGGCGAAGCCGUACUCGAAGUUUAGGCCAGAGCUGAUGAUAGAUAAGUAUGGGUGCUCCUGUCUUGGUCGACGUCGAGUCCGAGACCGACCCACUUCAGAUUGCUCUCAAAGAGCUGCGCGAGAAGAAGAUUCCACUGGUCGUCCGGAGAUAUCUACCAGACGGCUACUACGAGGACUGGACAUGUGAGGAGCUGCUUUAG